AUGAGCACCCAAGGGUACAAAAGGACAAAUUUUGAGGAGGAUGACAUAUCUAACAGCAGCAAUCCUCCAGCCAUCGACUUCAACGCAGGCGUCGUCUUCAAGGGAGGUCUAUCAUUAUGGCAGAAAAAAUCCAUCUUGGAGAGGGUCCUCUUCAUUCUCACCAUAGUGUUGUCAGUUUCAGUUAUCAUCCUGGCCAUCGUUCUGGCCUCAAAACAAGCCCAUAUUACCUACCUACAGAAUUCAGCGGUUUGUUUAGAACCAAGCUGUGUCCAGGUGUCAAGUGCCCUGCUCACUGCCAUGGACAGAAGUGUUGAUCCAUGUGAGGACUUCUACCAGUAUGCGUGUGGAGGCUGGAUCAAAUCGCAUCCUAUUCCCUCAGGGCACUCUCGCUUCAACAUGUUCAGCGUCCUGUGGCAAGCAAACCAAGUCAUUAUGAAGCAUGCAAUAGAACAACCAGUGAAUGCUUCUGUGAAUUUGUCGGAGUGGAAGGCUCAGACCUACUACAAAUCUUGUAUGGAUGAGAACAAGACGAUAGAGGACCUUGGUGCCAAACCUUUACUGGACUUACUCAAAGAUGAAGUACCUGACUGGUCUAUUUCGGUAAUCGACUCCAACUUCGACCUCCAGGACCUGCUAGAGAGGAGUAAGAAGUAUGGUGUGUCCACCUUGUUUGCUGUGUGGGUUGGAGAGGAUGACCGCAGCUCGUCAAAAAAUAUACUAAAGGUGGACCAGUCUGGGUUAGGUUUACCACAACGAGACUACUACCUUAACAAAAGCAUCACCCAAGAUCCAGUAUUAAUUGCUUACCUGGAGUAUAUGACAGAGGUUGGAAUGUUACUGGGAGGAGAAGAAAACAGCACACGUUCUCAGAUGAUUGAUGUUAUCAUGUUUGAAACAAAGUUAGCCAAUAUCACCAUUCCUUCUGAAGACCACAGGGACGAGGAAAAGAUGUACCACAAAAUCACAAUUGAACAACUGCAACAAAACGUCACAUUUAUCAACUGGCUCCAUAUCAUCAACAGCUGUCUGUCAAUGGCUGACAUACAAGUGACGUCGUCAGAGAAAAUUGUUUCUUAUGCUGGAAAUUAUCUACAAGACAUGGCUGAGCUUGUUAAUGAAACAAUGAAGACAGAAAAAGGCAGGAGGACCAUGUACAACUAUCUCAUGUGGCACAUCAUCAAGUCUAUGACAUCAUACCUGUCCAAGCCCUUCCGGACAGCACGGAAAAUCUUGUCCGAGGCCCUAUCAGGUACGACAGGGGGAGAAGAGCUGUGGAGAGAUUGUAUAUCAGACACGGAUGAGACGCUAGGCUUCGCAUUGGGUGCCAUGUUUAUCCGUGAAGCAUUCAACGGUGACAGUAAAGUAAAGGCUGAUGCUAUGAUAAAGGAAGUAAAGACAGCUUUCAAGAACAACUUACCAAAACUGAGCUGGAUGGACAAAGAAACCAGGGCUGCAGCUGUAGAUAAGGCUAAUGCUGUGGUUGAUAUGAUAGGCUUUCCUGAAUACAUCCUCAAUGUUUCCAAGUUAAACGAAGAAUAUAAUCGCUUGGAGAUAAGAAAAAAUGAGUACUUUGGAAACAAUAUCCGGAGUACUAGCUUUCAACUGAGAAAGAACUUUGAAGAACUUCGGAAAACUCCAAAGAAAAACAGAUGGAGUAUGACACCACCUACAGUGAAUGCUUACUACACUCCCACCAAGAAUGAGAUUGUCCUCCCAGCCGGUGUGCUACAGGCUCCGUUCUAUGAUGCCAGCUUUCCUAUGUCGUUGAACUUUGGUGCAAUAGGUGUUGUGAUGGGACAUGAGCUAACUCACGGAUUUGAUGAUCAAGGACGAGAAUAUGACAAGAAUGGAAACCUUCGACCCUGGUGGAAUAACCAGUCAGUGAUUAGAUUUAAGGAGAGAGCUGAAUGUAUGCAGAAACAGUACUCUCAGUACAAACUGAAUGGUGAAAAUGUGAAAGGGAAGCUUACACUAGGAGAGAAUAUAGCUGACAAUGGAGGACUGAAAUCUGCAUAUCAUGCAUAUACAGAUUGGAUAUCACACAAUAAACAGGAGCGUCCCCUGCCGGCUGUUAACCUCACACACAAACAGCUCUUCUUUCUUGGCUUCUCUCAGGUGUGGUGCUCUACAAGUCUAAAAGAGGCUGACCAUCUACAGCUGCUGAGUGACUCCCACAGUCCAGCUAAGUUCAGAGUUAUUGGCACGCUUUCGAAUUCAAAAGAGUUUGCAGAGCAGUUCAAGUGUCCAACAGGGUCCCGGAUGAAUCCAAAAGAGAAAUGUGAAGUUUGGUGA